CCAGCGAUUGCGCAUGACUCAAGUGAGAUUCGCAAACAUUGUACGCCAAAUAGCUAGAAGUUACUGCAGCGUGCUAGGAGAGUUAUAAAAAAACCCCGUAAACUCUACAUAGUUGCCCUACACGUUGAUUAUUUCGAAGGAUCUAGGAUAAUCUAUUCUGUAAUUGUUUGUACGAGAGAUCGCUAGGAUCAAAUGGAAACUCCAGGUCCAUCCCGACGCCCUGGUGGGAGCAACACAGCAACAAGCAAUUUGUCAGGCCUGAAACAUCAACUUCAUGGGACAUCGUAUCAACUGAAGCUUGGGAUGGUUGUUGGCAUGGCGAAUGCCAAGAAGUCAACGGACCCAAACAACAACUUCUCUUUCACGGUGAUGGCGGAAGGCAGAGAUGAAUCAGAAGUGAAAAGUCGUGAUCGUGUCGAUAAGUUCGAUGACAUCGUGUACACCUUCAAGCAUGGUGCAAUUACCGGAACACUGAAGAUUCAAGCGAAACACAAACUUAGUCCAACUCCCUGCAAUAGUGCAGUUCAGGCUGGUGGCACGAAUGGGGAACAAUCCGUUCCCAAGAUUACGCUGAAUGAUUUCAUCGCAGACUCCAAAAAUGAUUUUUGCAUCCAACAGUACUUUAAAUCAUUCCGUGACCAGCCUAAAGCGAUAAAUGAGGCUACCCUGGAAGGAUUUAUCAUUUGCACCAACGCGGAUUUAGAUGACGACGCAAAAGUAAUAUGGAAUGAAGUUGAUACAGCUGCCCUGGGUCCUUCAUUGGAUUCCUACGCCUCAUCGUUAUUCAAUAAGGUUAGAGGUAAAAGUUAUCAACUUAAAACUCAUUACAAACGCGCCGCCUUAGCGAAGCUGUUGAUCAAUGCCGUCAAAUCAAAGGAUCAAAUGGUAACCUGGCAAAGACCGUUGUUCAAAGAAUAUCGUGCAGCCAUCCUGGAUAUCAUCGGAGAGAAGAGUACUGCAGCAAAUGUUCCUUUAUUUAAGUUUACAAACAACUUUUUGGAUCCAACCUAUUCCAACUCCAAACCUGGGUAUGACGCUUUCAAAAAGGAGUUUACAGAUCAAUUCCGGCGAGAAUUUGGGCUGAAUGAGAUCGCAUGGGAGUUAUUCAAAGGCAAUAUUCAGAUACAUGUAGCGGAAAACUUUCUGUUGGAUGAGAAAAAUAAAUUUUCUUCCUCAGAUUCAUUCCCCGAUGAUAAUGUGGAUCCAUUCUUCAAAUGCUUCUGCGAUCGAUUUCGUUUGGUAUGUGGCACUUACAAUGAGCAAGGCAUCGAUGAUGCAAUAGCAACAAUUUUGGGCGAUUGGUGUCCCGAUGGCAAUCAUACGGCAGCUGUCGAAAAGCUGUUCAAGUACUUUUUCGAUUGGCUGAAGGAUCCAUUUGCCACUUCAUUACAUUCAGACGAUAUAAAAACCAAACUUGAAAAUGUUCAAGAACCGCAACCACGUGUCAACUUAGAAAAACUUGUCAAGGAAAAGCUACGCGAAGAAUUUAGAAAAUCCCCACUUCGCAUCAAUUUUAAAACUGUUAGAAAAUCUUUUGUAAAGCGCUGUAGAAUCUAAAAGCCUUCCUGCUGUUAAGGCAUACGACAUUCAUUUUGCGGCAACGGUACUGAAGCGGCCCGACCGACAUACCCCACCGACAUAGACUGUUUUCGGGAGCUUCGUUGAUUAUUUCCUCGCGGUAGGAAAGGAAAGAACGUCUACGAUUAACGUACAGGCGCUUAAUGCAUUGUAACGACCCAAUAAAGCGAUUUGAUCAACAACAGACGGCAUCGCACUUCUUCAAAACACAGAAUGGACAUUCUUUUUGCCAAUGUCAGAUUAUGUUCUAUCCGGCUUCAUCUGAUUUUCGAUAUUUAAUACGAAUAGAUCAUAGCCCAAUUUUGUUAACAAAAGUAAGACAGCAAUCGAUAAAAGUAAAGUCCAAAAUAAAAGUAUUUACACGUUUAA